AUGGUGGGAAAAAAUGCCGUCAUAUCAAGGAGAGAGUACCAACGUCCUGUUACGGCCAAGACAGGCGUUAAGCUCCAUGCGAUCACUGACUUCACUCUUGAGUUCUAUCUCCGAUGCAUCUCAGAUGAGCGCAUCAUCAGAAUGCCGGAGAGGGACAGCCCUUGGGACCGAGUUCUCCAUGCUGCACAGUUCUUUGGCCUCCAUAUUUCUCAGUUCGGGGACAAAGUCGACGCUUUCCUCCACAGAGAGACGUCUAACGGCCUAGAUAUGGUCUUUGCGGCUCUUGCAUCAUCUCAUGCAUUGCUUGAGAUCGGCCACGCUCAAGCCCAGGCUCUUUUGCCAACCUUCACUGCCUUGUAUGAGUUUUCCAUACUUCUCACAGACAUCACUCGCAUCCAAAGCCUUGAAACGCCAUCUCAAGUCAUCCAAUACGAUGUGACCAAGACGUUUAGCAACUUGGUUACCCUUCUCAACAACAUCGCGGCAGUGUAUCGACAAAAGAUCAGCGAUUUGAAGCCUGGAUCAACUGCACGCAUCGACUUUGAUGCCAGCUUCGGAGCCCAGAUUGAAGAGAUCUGGCGCUCCAAGGAAGCGCUCUCCGAUGCCAUCUGGAAGCAAAAGCUCCAUGAAGCAGAGCCCUCAAUGACUGUCACUCAACUUCGUUGGAAGCUUCAGUACCCCUACAACUCCUCUGUUACCAACAGAAUCUACGACAAAGUCGGGGAUGAUCAUGCUACGCCAUCAAGAACGUGCUACUGGCUGAAAGACACUCUUGCAGACUUCUUCAGCCGAAGCGACCAGCUGCUCUGCGUGACUGGACAUGAAUCGAGCGGCAAGACCUUUCUUGCCAAAUGGGUGGAAGAGAGACUUGCUCGGCCGCUCAAUGUCAAGUCAUACCACGUUCUCCAAUACACUUUCCCAUUUGACGCGCCGAACAGAGCAACUCCAACCGCAUUCAUCAAGAGCAUCCUCUCUACACUUCUCGAGCAAAACAUCAGCAAUGUCAACGUAUACAAAGCCAUAGCGCAAGCCUUCAAAGACGAGUCCGCCGGAACAGACUCUGAGCCCACGGAGGCAGUACUAUGGAAGACUCUUCACGACUGCCUUGCAGCUGUUCGCAUUCAACAGGCGACAAUGGUUAUCGUUAUAGAUGACUGCGACGAACUCGUUCAAGGCGACGCCGGUUUCUACUCCAAACUUCAAGAGUGCAUCACCGGGCUCCCAGUACGGGUUGUUUCCUUCUGCCGCUCAGCUCCAACGGCAGUUCAGGAACACGAACGACAAAUCGAAACAUCCAAGGUGCGCGAGGACAUUCGUACCUACAUUCGCGAAAGCCUUUCAAGAUCUCGGCAUUUCCGCAAAUUAAGCCCCCAAGAAUCUGACGAGAUUCUCAAAGGCAUGGUUGUCAAGGCCAAUGGCAGCUGGCUCUGGGCUUACUACGCCGUUCGCCUCGUCUCCGAGGAAAAGUCGGCAGCCUCCAUCAUCAAGACAAGCCAUGAUUUAGGCCCGACUGUCGCGGACGUACUUCAUAAGAUUGUCGAGUCACUUCAACUCGAACAGAACCCCGAUCUCAGAGCUAUUCUGUCCAUCUUAUUGGUAGCCUCACGAUCAUUGACUGUUGCAGAGAUUGGGCAACUCCUCUCGAUUGACCUCCACAAGUGCUCAAUCUCCAUCGCUCCUGAUGUUGCCGGCCUCAUCUCGAGAUACCUCAGCGACCUGGUAAUAAUCAAGGGUGGUUAUGUGCACUUCCGUACGAAGACUGUUCGCGCAUUCAUGAAAGAACAGCUCGGAAGCAAGUCGCUUCCUCUCGAGCAGACCGCCCACGAGCAACUGACGCUUAUGAUGCUUCUCUAUGUCAAGCUCACGCUGAAAGAGACGAGUGAACCUUCCACCAGUGCCCUUGACUAUGACCUUGUCCUUUCUCGUUUUUCCGCAGAUUCACUCCUCGGCUAUGUCGUGCAGCAUUGGGUUGAGCACUUUCAAGCAUCAGGCUUUACUGGACCUGAGCUCAAAAAAGUAUUCCCCAAUUCCAUCACGUUUGCCCUGCUUGAGAGAACUUGCUGGACGAGAGCGUUUACCAUGGAGGAGCUCGUUUACAACCACAAGCUUGCUCUCCAAGUUCGGCAGGACUGUUUUGGAGUCCGAGAUAUUACCCUUCUUCACACACUCGUGACUCUUGGAUAUGUCUUUCAGAAUGUUUUCGGUUCAAAAACUGAUGCUGCAUGGUACUUUUAUGGUGCGGCCAAGCUUGGAAGAGAGAUCUUGUCAGGAUCCUCAACCACUAUGAAGAGCUGCAUGGAAUUCGUCAUUGACUAUGCCACGAUGCUGGAGAUUACCGAUCGAAUCGAAGUUACUGCGACUCACACGGGUUAUCAAAUCGAUAUCGUCACAUGGUACGAGGAAAUGCUGCGACUCGCCAUUGAGAUUGAUCGACAUCGAUAUGGAGAAUCCAGCGACGAGGUCCUUUCGUGGUAUCAGAAGCUCGCAAAGCUCUAUACCGACAUCGGGGAAGAAGAACGCGCAAUGAGUGUCUACCAGGAAAUACGCGCCAUCAUCAUCGCGAGAGACGGCACCGACUCCGGCCGAGCGAAACAAAUGAAUGCGUACUUUGCGACUUUGGACAUUGUUCUUGAGGGCCCUUCAGUCGACAAGAUUGGCGAGCUCGAACAGAUGAUCUUUGAAGUCAACGAGGAUGUAGAGAUUACUGAUCUCUGGUGUAUCAAGCUCUGGCUGAGACUCGCGCGCUCAUACGAAAGCUGCGAUAGCUUUGAGCAUCUCUCUCUCGCCGAAAGGCUCUAUGUUAGCCUUUGGCAACGCAUUACUGUCAAUCAAGCCAUUGCAGAUGAUCUUGACAUACACCUUAUCCGCAUUGACAUUGCCCUCGAAUACGCCAGGUUUCUCUGCAGACAUGACCGGAUUCAAGAAGCUUGCAGCAUCCUCAUAUGCCUCUGGGCAGAGUAUCAGAAGCAUGCCUUUGAUUCCGAGGCACUCGUCAUUCGAAUCAGGGAUGUCGCAGAAGAGUGCAGAAAGUCUGGGCUAGCGGAUAUUGCCAUGGCCAUGCUGACCAAGGUCUUGGAUUCGUUCAGCAGCAGCCACAGCGAAGAGAUCCAGAAGACUGUUCUCCUCAUGAACGAGGUCGUGGAAGAGAUUACGGAUACCACCGUUAGCAAGAAUACUACAACGACAACGGUCGUUACUGAGCAGACUGAAAGAGUGGUCAGGCAGCUCUUUGAGCGUCUCGUGGAUCAAUACGAGCAUAACAGAACAGACAUUUCACUCUUCACCGCAUCGAAAGCCCUAAUUAACCUUUACAAUCAGCAGAAGAACUGGCGCGAAUCUGAGGCCACCCUCAAGAAAACCCUUGAGCUUACCUGGAAUGAAAUCUUGACGGAGACCUCCAGCACCAGCUCCAGUACCAAGCUCUGUGAGCGCUCGAUCAAGGAAUGUCUGGACGUGGCACGUCAGUUAGGCGCUUGUUAUUCCACGCAAGGACUCUUCCAAGAUGCCGAGAAGAUAUACUGGCAGAUCUUCAAAGCGUGUAUUUCCGUUGGACUGGAGGAAAAUCUCGGGACACCCGGGAAUCCGCUGACAGGCGCUCAGCUCCUGGUGGAUGCAAUCACAACAUUGGUUGCUUUCUACGAGAAGCAUCAUCGCCACAGAGAGGUUAUUGAUGUUUACACGCUUGUCCUGGACAAGUACAGGCUUGAACUCGGUCAAAAGCAUAAAUUGACCAUCAGAGCCCUGUACUUCCUGGCGUCCUACCACAACGAUCUCGGCCUCGAAAAGGCGUAUGAUUACUACGCUGAGAUCCUCACUGUGCUCAACGAAGGCCUGGACUACUGCCACCAAGAUGCCAUCAAAGCAGCUCUCGUCCUCUACAUCCACUACGAUGCACGGAAGCGUUGGAACGACCUUCAGCUCGUUUGCACCGCUUUGUGGGAAACGAUCCUUCGCCGUCGUGGCAAGCAGACCGAGGAACAAUCCGAAAUUACUGGAGAAACGGUUGCUUCCGUCUACGAGAAGUAUUCACAUGUCCUAGACUUCCACGUCAAGGUGGACUUUCUGGUGCUUUACCGUCUUGCUGUCGAGUACAGGGAGAUUAUCGAGGAAGGUUACCACGACAAGCCUGAGUUGGUGAUUAAAUCUCUGGUUACUCUAGCAAAGAUCUGCGAAACGAGUGAAAACCACCACGAGGAGUCUAUCAAGGCCUACGAGCAAGUUCUUGAAAAGGUCAAGACGACCAAGACAACCAGUACUAUCGAAGAGACAACUGUCGACACUGUGAAGAAACGUCUGUCUAGGAUGUAUGUGACCAUUGUCAAGGGUUCUCAGAGGACGACAAUCUCCCUCGACCGUGCCAUCGAGAUCUCGCUGGAAACAUACGAGCAGUAUAGGGCUGCAUUCAAGGAUUAUCCUGAGCAGACGCUGAAUCAGCUUGAAUGUCUCAUCUUGCUGUACCAACAACUAAACACAGCAGAGGCACGACAGCGCAUAUGCGAACUGCUAGAAGCAUCAGCCAGGUACAUCAUCACCAUAGCUGCGGUCAACAUGACGCUCUUCCAUGCUGCCACUUCGCUGGCCGCGCUCUUCGUCAACGCCGGUAUGAUUCAGAAUGGGAGAGACCUGCUCCAGGAGAUGCGCCACAAGAUCAUUUACGGAGACCGAUUCCUCCAAAAAGACACACAAUCUAGCCUGGAUGCUCAGAUGGGAAAGGCUAUCUUCAUCUUCUUGAUCGCCUUUGGACAUGGUCUUGAACAGCAUUCCGAGAGUCUCUCUUACACCAAGAUCAUGGCUGAGAUUGUUCUCGAGUCGUUGUUGUAUGAAGAGUAUUCCCGCGUGAAUCAUAGUGAGGCUACUCUAGAGGUAAUUUUGCAGUAUGGUGCAAGGCUUCGCCGCUUCUGGCAGGCUUACCAACGCACUGAACUGAUUGAAACACUGGACCGAGACCUCAUGGAUCGCUUCAAGUCGGCAUAUGCUCACUGCUUCGACGUCAACUGCAGCAAGCAAGUGAGAGAGUCUCUUUACUAUUACUUGAUGGAAGAGUUGGGCAAGGAUCGACCGACCGUCAAGUUCGAUUUUGAGACUUUCAUGCUACAGAUCGGAAACGAGCAAGUCAAGUCUCUUUUGUGGGCAAGCGAGUUCUAUGCCGCAAACCAGAUUGGCCGUUUCGUCUUCCAAUACUCCAAGGAGAGGAACCUGUAUCACGAUCGCAGCCGUAUCCGCUACGGAUACACGCUGGCCCAGUAUCUGGUUGGUAUAGGCGCACCCCAUCCCGACGAUGAGGACGGAAGAAAUAUGGUCGCCACUUCACAGGAUAUUAUGGACGACGUAAUAGAUGCGUUCGACACGUUGGAGAUCGACUUUGAAAGACUUCGUUCGGAAGACCUUGUCGGUCUCAUCCAUCUGCUACAGGCACAAGGCAACUACGAGCAGCUCGAGCGCGUGCUUUCUUGCCUCUGGCGUUUCAAGGGAGACAUUCAUUCGACAUUUGGCGGCGAUGCUCAGAAAAUCAUCGAAAUCGGUACCUGUCUGGUACACACUCAAUGUGCCCAAAAGAGGUACUGGGCGGCAAUUGAGACAGCUCGACAGCUGUACUACAACUUGCAGCGUGCUCGCGGAAGACUUGAUCGGGAGACGCUGGAAGUUGCACGACUUGUGGCAAGCAUCUAUGCCACGAUGGCCUCCGAAGGUGAAGACGAGGACCUGGAUUAUAUCUCAUAUGCCAUGGAUAUCCAUCAGAAUGUUCUGCGAGAGCUUGCUUCUCCUUCUGGAGUCGUAUACAACGGAUAUACACGCCACGAUCCCGAAUUCCUUGCCGAACAGGCAUAUAUUCAUUCGUCUCUCUUGAAAAACCUUCGGUUACAGCUCAGCGAUUCACAGUCCAAGCACUGGAUAAAGAGGGAAAAGGAUGUUAAUGAGCUUUACCACAGCUUACAAGAUGACUUGAGGUUCAAUGAAACUAUCAAGGAAUCUCACCAAGUGCCACCAUGGCAGUACGCUCCUCCAAAGACGUGGAGAUUCGAGGAGCCAGAGGCGGAAGGAUAUGCAAAUGGAGUCGAUUGGUAUUCUGACAACAAGGUAUUGGAGACGGCGCAGAGAGAAUGGGUGUUGGCUACGCGCAUCUUUGCUUGA